AUGACGGAUAACUCAUUGAUUAUGAUGCAAAAGGUUCAAGAGCAAAAGCAUUUGCAGGAAUCCGUCCCUUUAUUGCCCAAGGCAGAUACAUUGCAACCUAAAGAAGGCAAUCCACUUUACUUGUAUCUGCUCACAGUUUGUUCAACUAUCGGUGGCUUUCUCUUUGGUUACGAUACGGGGGUCAUCUCUGGAGCACUCGUCUUGCUCAAAAGUCCACAAGUAUUUAAUCUCUCGGACUUUGAGAGUGAAUCGAUCGUGUCUGCUGCAAUUGGAGGCGCCAUCAUUGGCGCAGCUCUAAGUAGCUGUGGAAAUGAAAUGUUUGGUCGACGUCGUGUGAUUCUGCUAUCCUCUGCCAUGUUCACAGCUGGUUCAAUAUUGAUGGCAACAGCUCAUUCAUUUGGGGAGCUACUCACUGGACGUCUCAUUGUUGGGAUUGCAAUUGGGUUUGCUUCCAUGACCGUACCGCUGUACAUUGCUGAAGUAUCGCCACCAAAUAUCCGAGGACAACUCGUGUCGUUGAAUAACGCGUGUGUCACUGGUGGACAAUUUUUCGCUUGCGUUCUUGACGCAAUGCUUGCUGGUGUGGACAAUGGAUGGCGCUACAUGCUUGGAUUGGCAGCGCUCCCUGCUAUUUUGCAGCUCCUCAGUUUUCUCGUCCUGCCCGAGACCCCGCGCUACCUCAUGAGCAAAGGAAGAAAAGAGGAAGCUUGGGAUUCCCUUAUCAAGAUUCGAGGCACGAUGGACGUCUCAGUUGAAUUUGGUCAUGUGGAGGACGAAGUGGAACGCGAUCGCUAUGAAGACAACAACGUAUGGGACGACCUGCGAUCUCCUGCAGUCAUCCGUGCACUAAUACUUGGCUGCUUCAUGCAGGCGCUCGCCCAGCUCUGUGGAAUCAACACGGUAAUGUACUACGGCGCCACUAUAAUUCAAAUGGCCGGGUUCACGGACCCCACCACCGCCAUUUGGCUCUCGGCGCUUGUCUCCUUCAGCAACUUCAUCUUCACGUUUGUCGGGGUCUAUCUCGUGGACCGUGCGGGUCGUCGAGUUCUAACGCUCGGAAGCCUAGCCGGUGUCUUUUUCUCUCUAGUUGCUCUUGGAGGAAGCUUCUACGCAGCAGAAACCCUGUCGGUGGAGGUAACGGGCGUCGGGGAAUGCUCGGGCGUCCCAACGUGCCUCGCUUGUGUCACAAAUGCUGCAUGCGGAUACUGUUCCGAGGGUUCUCUUGACCCAGUUUUCGGAAUGACCAACCCCACGAACGCAAACUUGUGUAUGCCAGGAAACGCUGCGUCGACUAUGCAGGGGUCAUGCUCCAGCGGCAACUGGUCCUUCCAGUCAUGUCCACACGACAGCCGAGCCCCGGGCUGGACAAUCUUUGUUGUGCUUUUCGUUUACCUCGCUUUUUUUGCCAGUGGUAUGGGCUGCAUGCCCUGGACGAUCAACGCGGAGAUUUACCCUCUUCGCGUCCGAAGUUUUGCUAUAAGUUUGGCGACGUCCGUAUGCUGGGUCUCAAAUUUGCUGGUAUCAUUUACGUUCUUAUCCAUUGUCGACGAGUUAUCUGUCUACGGUGCGUUCUGGCUGUACGCAUCGAUCGCAUUGUUCGGUUUUACAUACUUAUGGAAGGAGCUACCCGAGACAAAGGGCUUGGAGCUGGAGGAGAUCCAACAGAUAUUUGAAGGUCGUGAAAAGCGGUCAAGCUCAGUGUUUUCUGCUAUCAGUACAUGCACACACCAUACACCUUGA